AUGUUUUUACAUAUCCUUGCUCACAACCUAAAAUAUAGGGUAAUGCAAUUUAGUUAUUGUAGAUCUAAAGAAACCAUAAGUAGGCAAUUCAAUGAUGUCUUGAGAGCGGUAAUGAAAGUGAGCAAAGACUAUCUGAAUUUUCAACCCUGUACUUUAGAAGGUGCGGAAGCAAACAAGUGGAGAUGGUUUGAGAGAUGUAUUGGAGCACUUGAUGGGACUCAUAUUCCGAUUACAGUUUCUCCUUAUGAGAGACCUAGAUAUCGUAAUAGAAAAUGUGAUGUCUCUACAAAUGUAUUAGCUGCUUGUGGUCCAGAUUUAAGGUUUAUUUAUGUGUUACCUGGGUGGGAAGGGUCUGCAGGAGAUUCUCGAGUAUUACGAGAUGCAUUACGUCGUCAAAACAAACUUGAAAUUCCAACUGGUAAGUAUUUUCUUGUGGAUGCGGGAUAUACCGAUGGUCCGGGAUAUCAAAAUAAUGUCAUGGAUGAUAUCACAACUAUUCAAGCUACCGAAGAAUGGUCAAGAUUUCAAGAUACAUUAGCUAUGAAUAUGUUUGCUAACUAUCAAGUUAGGAGAAACUUUGCUUAG